UUGAUUAGUAUUUUGAGAAUAAACACUGAAAAAGUGGAUCCAAUUUUCAACAAACAUUUGGUGGAUAUAAAAUUAUCAAAAAUGAGCAAAACAUACGGACCCACAGACAUCAAAGAGUCGGCACUGGAGCUGAUUGGGAACACACCGCUGGUGGCGUUGGACCGCAUAUGGCCGGGUCCGGGCCGUAUACUCGCAAAGUGUGAGUUCAUGAACCCGGGCGCCAGCAUUAAGGACCGCUCAUCCCUAUCGAUGAUCAAGAGAGCGCUCGACUCCGGCAAACUCAAGCCCAACGGACCCAUCGUUGAGGUGACGAGCGGUAACCAGGGCUGCGGUCUGGCGGUUGUGGCCGCUGUGUUGGGCCAUCCGCUGACUUUGACGAUGUCGGCCGGCAAUAGCCCCCAACGGGCGUCGAUGAUGAGGGCGUUGGGCGCCAACGUUGUGUUGGCCCCGCAGGUGGAGGGAAAGCCCGGCAACGUUACGCUCGCCGACGUGACUCAGGCCGAGAAUCUGGGCCUUAAACUGGUGGCCGACACCGGA